AUGGAAGAUGAUGUUGGCUUGAAGUUCCGUCAGCAGCUUCUGCUCAUUGAUGAAAAUCUGGUGACUGAAGAUGUAGCAGCUUUAAAAUUUCUCUGUACUGACUUGCUCCCCUUCAGAAAACUAGAAGGUGUGAAGUCAGCAGUGGACAUCUUUCAGCUUCUCAUGGCUGAAGAAUAUCUGAAUGAGAACGAUACAUUCCUACUAGCUGAGCUCUUAUACAUAAUUAAAUGUCACUCCUUGCUCAAGAAACUUGGUUAUACCAAGGAGAAAGUGCAAGAAUGUCUGCAUGAGAAGGGAAGAGUGUCUCCAUACAGGCAGAUGCUGUAUGAAUUGUCAGAGAACAUUACCAAUGAGAUGUUGAAGGAUAUCGUAUUCCUCCUGCAAAACUGUCUUCCAAAGCGACGGACAACUCUUUCUGCUCUGGAAUUGCUGAUUUUAUUGGAAAAACAGGGCUUUUUAACUGAAAACAAUGUACAAAUGCUGGAGGAAGUCUGCAUGAAGGUUUCACCUGAUCUCCUAGAAACAGUAAACUGCUACAAAAGAGCAAAAGAUAACAAAGCAGCUAAUCUUACACAAGGCUUCUCUGAAAUGAAACUGGAGCUGCCUAGAGAAUUCAGCAAUGUAGAAAAUGAAUCCAAGAAGAUGACAAGCUACAAAAUGGAUGGACCACACAGAGGAUUUUGUCUUGUUAUUAAUAAUGUUAACUUUGACAGGUCCCUUCCGGAGAGGAAGGGUUCUUGCAAAGAUGCUGAGGAACUGGAGCGAGUAUUCACGUGGCUUGGUUUGGAAGUGAGGACUUACACAGAUCUUACAUCUCAGAAGAUUAAAAGUCUCAUGCAAACUUGGCAGCAUUUACAAGAUCACAAAGACAGGGACUGUUUUAUAUGUUGUAUUCUAUCUCAUGGAGAGUCAGGAGCGAUCUAUGGGAAAGAUGAGGAACUUGUAUCAAUCCGCAUGAUCAUGUCCCACUUCACUGCCAAACAAUGUCCACAGCUGGCUGAAAAACCCAAACUCUUCUUUAUCCAGGCGUGUCAGGGUAAAGAGAUACAGUGUCCUGUCUAUGUUGAAGCUGAUGCACAAGUUCCUGGCUUGUCUUCUAUGCAACGGAGCGUUUCUCCUUCUGAAAGUAUUCCUGAAGAGGCUGAUUUCCUCCUAGGCAUGGCCACAAUUGAUGGAUAUGUCUCUUUCCGGCACAUUCAACAAGGUGCUUGGUAUAUUCAGGCCCUGUGCAGCAAGCUACAGUUGUUGGUACCAAGGGGUGAAGAUAUUUUGUCAAUUCUUACAGAAGUUAAUGAAGAUGUGAGCAGACGUGUUGACCGCCUAGGGACAAAGAAACAGAUGCCCCAACCAGCAUAUACCUUAAGAAGAAAAUUUAUAUUCCCAAUACCUAGAGACCCUCCUCCUUCACUGCAACAUUGA